GUUGCACGGAGAGCCCAUGUCCACCGCACCUCAAAAUGUUCCUUGCUUCAGCACAACUAGCAGUAGCCAGCUUCAUCCCUAGUUCUCUUCAUCCUUCUAAAAUCUCCAUUCAAAUCUUCUAAGCUCAACCAUCAUCCAUCCAUCGAAGGCUUUGCUGCAGUGGUUUUGAAGAGAAUAUAGGUUUUAUUGCCCGCUUCAGCCUUCAUUAAUUCCUUGCAUCUUUCCUUCUCCAUAACACAGCUCUUAGCUGACCACCUUCCAUAUUUUAUCAUCACUAGCUUAGUUUACUUCUGUAUUCUCUUUUUUUUUCCCCCUUCAUUCUUCCAUAAGCACCUACACUCCACGCUUUCUUAAUUGUUUCGAGCGUCGGGAUGGAUCGAGUCAACAAAUUGGCCUCCCAGAAAGCAGUGGUUAUCUUCAGUUUGAGCUCAUGCUGCAUGUGCCACACCAUCAAGAGGUUCUUCAGUGAGCUCGGGGUCAAUCCCACCAUUCAUGAGCUAGAUGAGGAUCCCAAGGGAAAAGAUAUGGAGCGAGCUCUUGCUAAGAUGGUGGGCCGUAAUCCUCCGGUGCCUGCAGUGUUCAUUGGCGGCAGUUUGGUCGGACCGACUGAUAAGAUCAUGUCCCUUCAUCUCAGUGGCAAACUGGUUCCAUUGCUCCGAGAUGCAGGUGCUAUCUGGCUCUGAUACCACAUUAAAAGACCUAAGUGGCUCCAACAUCAUCUUAUCAAUGCUACCAGAGUUACUUAUCUUUCGUUGCAAACGAAGCAUGGAAAAUAAACUACAAAGUCACUCUUAACCCCAUGAUAGUUAGGUAUGGUCAUGACACAACCCUACAGGGUGAUGUCUCAAGUCUUUGGCCAAGUAAUUAAAUAAUGGAGCCAUGUUUUUCUUCUCUACCUGGUGGCUAGAGUCAUGUCUGUAGUCUUCCUUUUUCUUUUGUGCAAUGUACAUUAAUAUCGACUUAAAUACUCGAUGUGUCAUCAAUAAAUUGUCAAAUUAAUGUAUCUACAUGGCUUUGAGUGUUUGAGCCAGCCAUCGGUUU